UCAAAAACCCCACUCUCUUUUUCUCUCUUUCUUUUAAACUUCAAACUCCACACUUUCCUUCUUCAAACACAUCUCUGUCUUUCUCGAGAGAUUUUCGUCUUUGUUUUUGUUUUUAUGGCGGAACAGGAUAUGACUCUGUCCGUCAAUGGCCACUCUCAAGUUCCUCCCGGCUUUCGUUUCCAUCCCACCGAAGAAGAGCUUCUACAUUAUUACCUUAGGAAGAAAGUUGCCUUCCAAAAAAUUGAUCUUGAUGUCAUCCGUGAUGUUGAUCUUAACAAGCUUGAACCAUGGGAUAUUCAAGAGAAAUGCAAGAUUGGAUCCACCCCACAAAACGAUUGGUACUUCUUUAGCCAUAAAGACAAGAAGUAUCCGACUGGAACUCGCACAAAUCGUGCUACGGCGGCUGGAUUUUGGAAGGCUACUGGACGAGAUAAGAUUAUUUAUACUGGAUCCAAAAGAAUUGGGUUGAGAAAAACUCUAGUCUUUUACAAAGGAAGAGCACCUCAUGGCCAAAAAUCCGACUGGAUCAUGCACGAGUAUCGCCUCGAUGAUAGUGAUCGCGACAUCAAUAUUUGUAACUCGAUCGGAGAGUCACAACUAGCAGAAGACGGAUGGGUUGUUUGUCGAGUUUUCAAAAAGAAGAACUACCAAAAGAGCAUAGAUAGCCCAAAGACCUCCCCGACCUCCAUGGAUUCUGAGGUUCACUUACUAAACUCAAACAAUGAUGGAGUUUUGGAUCAAAUACUUCAAUACAUGGGAAGAACAUGCAAGCUGGAAAUGGAGUCAUUUUCCAAUAAUAUCAACAAUAACAACAACUCAUCUUCAAGAUUAAUCCUCAGCCCAAACAACAACACUGAAGAUCAUCAACAACAAACAAUUGACAAAUCAUUCAUGCAUCUUCCAAGGCUAGACAGCCCAACAACAAUCCCUUCAAUAAUCUCCCUCCAUCAACUCGAAACAUCGUCACCGUUCGAUCACAAUAUCAUCUUCAACCACGAGAUGCUUUCAGUUUCUGAGACAACAACAGAGCCAUCGCCUCGACCCGUUGUCAAGCUUGACAACUGGGUCGCCUUUGACAGACUUGUUGCUUCCCAACUAAAUGGCCAUGACGAAAGAUCAGCCAUAGAAGACGAUGAAGACGAACAACAACAACAUCAUCAUCAUCAACAACAACAACAACACCAUCAUCAUAUGCAAGUUUCAAACCGAGGAUUGGGAUACGGGCAUGAGAAUGAUAUCUGGGGUUUCACUAAGUCAUCGUCUUCCUCAUCAUUAGACCCACUUUCCCAUUUGUCGGUUUAGUAGAAGCACACUCCAAUACCAACCUCAAAAUUUACAUCAUACUUCAACAACAUCAUCAUCGUCUUCUUCUUGUACUAUCACCUUCCAUAUAUAUAUAUAUAUCUUUCUUUCAAUUAGACCACUUAGUAUAUAUCAAAAUAUCUAUAUCAAUAUUCACAUAUGUAUUUGUAAUAAGUUUUUCUUUCCUCUCUAUAUUGAUACAUUUGCCAACUUUUUUCCUAUCUAUUUAAAUUUAUAAAACAUGGAUUCUACUCA